AGUCAAGGUUUAAACUUUCAAGAGUUAAUUGAACCAAAAUGAAUGAACUAAUCAAACUGAGAAAUUGACACUUUGCAGCCAUGAGUGUUUGACAUACUAGAGAAGCCUGAUCAUAGUAAUAGCUUGAUCAAUUUGGUACAGGUCUCAUUUAUGCUUUUGGGUGAGUGGCAUUAGUUGUCCCUUGUGCAAUUAUGUUUAGAAGCUCUUGCAUUUUUCAGAGCGUUCUGUAAAUUUAUGUAGGGACUGUUGCAGGGAGGUCAUACCAAAGCUAUUAGAAUAUUGGAAAUGCUUUUAUUUGACAGAUCUAACUUUUCUGAUUUCUGCUGACAUGUGAGCUUGUUCUCUGCUUCAUGAAAUGCACACUAGUCUUGAAGUAAGAAGGAGAAUAGAGCUCUGCAGUUUGCAAUUACUGUAUAUGUAGAACAUGUAGUUGUUUUGGUUAUUUGAGUUAUUAUUGGUAAUAAACAGUUCUGCUGACCUCCUCCUCUUACAAAAAUAAGUUUCUGUUGGGCAGUUAUUUAUGAUGAUUCAAGAAUAAUGAGGUAUGUUUACCAUUUCAUCUGAUUAUUUAGCUACUGAUUUGGGAUAGUAAUUGACUUGAAGGUAUUUUCGAUGAGACACAAUGAUGUGGAAAAAAUUUCCACAUUGGAAAGUCAUAGAUAAAUAUACUUUGUAUGUAGAUGGACACCCUUCCUUGACAAGCUGUUUUUCAAGGUGAGUUCUACCGCCCUUAUAUGGUGUCAAACUGGCCGGGCGCCAUAUUCUUGGGGACUAGGUGCCCCUUAGUGGUGAAGCGGGGUCUUAAAUCUUAAAAGACAUGGAGAAAAAUAAUUCCUUUAAAUAUUGGCCUGUGAGUUUUUCCCUCUUACCGCAGAUCGUUCAUGAUUCUGUUCAUGAGAUAAACCUUAGACAAGAAACAGAUGGUUAUAUAAUCCUUGGCUGCUAUCUUUUUCUAGGAACAUCUUCUGUCUAGUUAUAAAAAUAGAGACUUUCUCCAUUCUAGAAUUUCUAGAUCAUCCAAACCCUUACUUGGCAUUAUAAUGCCAGGUAAUACAAUUUUUAAGUUAUACCUACCGGUAUUCUUUUUUUUUUAAUAAAGAAAUAGAAUUCCCAAGUCAAUUUUUAUUUGGCUAAAGUAAGUCAAGUCUACAUCUUCUAAGAAGCUGUUUAGAUUCAAGAGAUUCUCAUAUGCACAUAUCCAACCUUCCUAUAUAUAAUAGAAAGAAAGCAUCAGGACCGGCAAGCCAAUCCACCAGUCAGUUGAAAGUUAGGUUGGAUUAGUAGCUACAAAGGUUGGUCAUGCAAGUAGCUCUCAUUGUCUUUGAUUGAUGUCUCCUUUUUGUAGUCUCAUACUGCUCGCAGUAACAUAGUAAGCAACUGGAUUAGCCCAAAGAUGAAGCAAACCAAAAUGGAAAGAGAAAAUGGCAACACAAAAUCAAAAUGGUUAAUUCCCCCUCCACCACCACCACCACCCCUUCCAAGAUUCUGGACUCGGAAGGAUGGCACUGAAAGCGUGACGAAUCAAGAAAUUGCCAAGUUUUGGAGGAAAAAACGCACUGAGGAAGAGGGUCACCUUCUUGCUGCUAUCAAGGCUGCUGCACGUAUCAGAGCUCGCAAUCUCACUGAAGAAGACUAUAGGCAAUUUGAAGAUUCCUUGAAGGAUGAUGAUGACGAUACCAAGGACAGUAAGCUGGACAAAAAAUCCAAUGCCACACUCAACAAAGAUGAAGAGAACAAGGAAGUGCGCAUUGGCAUAAAGGAUUGGUGGACCAAGAGCAAGUAUGCAUACUUGAACCAGCCAGCCCUUGAAACAAUGGACCCUCCAAGAAGAAGAAAUUCCAAUUAUAUUCCAAAUUGUUUCUCAUUUAAGCCCACUGCCCUUUAUCCUGCCUCUCUAGGAGUCUUUUGAGCCCUAAUUGCCAUUUGCUUCUAUUGAUUGUGCACAACACACCAGUUGAGUUGCUGCUGCUAUGUAUGAUCUGGUGCUUCAAUUUAAGUGUGUUCUUCUACAUGUUAUUUAUAAAGUAUUUGUCAUGUUUGGAUUAGCAGGGAUAAAAUGAAGUGUUUUCUUGUAACAUCUUAUAUAUUUUAAUGUAAAUGUGUAAUUGCUUGAUUUUCCCUUAAA